AGCUGACAGGUUUGUUUUGCUUGCUCGAGCUCGUCCCGACAACAACACAGCAAGAGGAAGGUAGCAGCGACGUCAGACCUCCACUAAACUAGAGUCCUUUAGUUUGUAUUUUACCAACAAGCCACCGGCACAGACACCGCGGAUAGUUUCUCAAACCGUUUUUGAGCUUUUAUAGUUCCGCUUUGAUACAGCCGCUACCUCCGUUUCUCCGUCUACUGCCAACUGGUUGACUUUGACGCAAUAUGCCUUCAGAAAAAACCUUCAAACAAAGAAGGACAUUCGAACAGAGAGUAGAAGAUGUCAGACUGAUCCGAGAGCAGCACCCCAACAAGAUCCCGGUGAUCAUUGAGCGGUAUAAAGGAGAAAAGCAGCUUCCCAUCCUGGAUAAGACCAAGUUCCUGGUGCCAGACCACGUGAACAUGAGUGAACUCAUCAAGAUCAUCAGGAGGCGCCUCCAGCUAAACUCCAACCAGGCUUUCUUCCUGCUGGCCAACGGCCACAGCAUGGUGUCCGUGUCGGCUGCCAUCUCUGAGGUCUACGAACGGGAGCGGGACCAAGAUGGCUUCCUCUACAUGGUGUACGCCUCCCAGGAGACCUUUGGCUCUGCUCUGACCGCCCAGUGAACAGCCUCCCUUCUUCUUCUUCCACCUGGCAGGCCAUUGAACAAUUGUAGUUUUUAGCCCCCUCUAGUCUCGACUGUAAGAACUAAAACACAUACCGCUUAAUGUAAACACGGCGUACGGUAAUUUACAGCUGGAAUUGGUUCAGGUUGUGACCUAUUUAUGACUGCAAUGAGCGACUGUUUGUGUACCACCGCACUCCCCCAAUAGCAUAGAGCCACAAGGGUCAAUCGGAACAGUUCAAGUAGAGAAAUCCCCAAAUCUGACUCGGGCCAAUAGAGUCUUUUAGCGAGUGUGUGUCUCUGCUUCUUUAUCGUCCUCUCUGGACCAACCAGUCGACGGCAGUUAUUUUCAGUGUUGUGGUUACGUGUCUCCGCGGCUGUAUUUAUGUUAAUGAUAUAUACAUUUCAGGUAGUGAUGUUGCAUUAAAGUGGCGAGGCGCCACCACUUGUCUAUAUAUACAUUAGCCAAUGAACAAAGCCAACCUGAAUCUGAAGGUUUGUGGAGACGGGCACCAGAGAAAGAUGAGGGCUUCUGGGUUCACCUGUUGUUUUAUUGCAGCGACAAGGUGAAGCUUUGGGGUUUGUAGUCUAAAUGAAGUAGAGAAGAUUCCUGUUAAUGCAUCCCCGCCGUGUUUUUAUCCCUCCCUGCCUGGUGUCCUAAAGCGUCUUCACUGUAACACAGCUAUGUUAGGGGAAUUGCUUUUGCUCUGGAAACGGAUGAUUGUAGUUUGCAAAAAAGAAAAAGAAGAAAAAAAGCCUUGGUGUACAGAUAUUAUUGACUUUACAGCUUAGAAUAUAAAGGGGGUUCCAAUGAGAGUGUAACCAAGUUGACUUUGGACGCACUACAGGAGCAGGGUCUGAUUGCAUGGUGUGAAUGGAGGAUGAUGAGGAGGCAUUUCUGUAAAUGAUGAGGGGGGACGUGUGGUCGCCCCCCCCCUUUCCCUUUUUUUAAUGUCCUUUGUCACGAGUAUUUAUUAAGGUGAUCAAGGAACGGACGACGGUCACACAGAGGCGGGUUGACGAGCGUCCUGUCUGACUGUGCUUCUGUGUUCUGCCUGUGGGGGAGCGUGCACCGGCCCGGUGGGGUUUUUAAAGGGGCUGCACUCUGAAAGAACAAAGAAGUAGAAUAUCCUGUCUGUCUAUAGAUGGUCCUUUAUACUGUGCUUCCUCCUCACCGUCUUCUUCACAGCUGCUUUUAUAUAUUGCGGUAUUUUAUCAUUUUGGUUCCUUUUUAUUUGAUGUGAUUUUUAUGUCACUGUACAACAUGUCUAUACUCUUCGCUGUCGACAGUAUGUGAUGCCGGCCCUACAGAGCUUUCCUUAAGUGAAAGCCACUGUGUGUUUGUUACAGAGGGGUGGAGCGUUUGUGUCCGGGGUCGUUUCUGCCUGCUCCUCUGUUUCUCUCACACACACACACACACUCACACACACUCUCACACACACACACACACACACACACACACGUAUCCACACUCAGCAAUAUCACACAGCCUCUUCUUAUGUAUUUAUGUUGGUAUUUUGUAAACAAUAAAAGGCGAAAAAAACA